AUGGAAAACCCUAACGACGACGGCGGCGGCAGCGCCGCUUUCUUACCCCUCACCGACACGGCGCAUCUAUCGGAGCCCUCCCCGCCACCGCCACCGCCACCGCCACCGCCCUGCGGCUUUCCUCAGCCGGCCGAUCCGCCGUCGGCCUUCCCAAUACCCGCCGCUGCCCGGCGUAGCUUGGACCAUAGCCAUAGACAGUUGAUCCAAUCAAUGGUGGCAAACAUGUCGGAGUCGGAGAAGGUCAACCUGAUUAUGAAAGCCGCCUCGUAUUACGCCGUCGUGCGGGAAGAUCUACUUACGGAGCUGACCAGAGACGAAAGCAGGAAAAUCUGCGUCCACAUCCGGAUCUGUGAGCCCACCACACCGGUAAAGCUGUUUCAUGUGCUCAAGGAAUUUGGGGAUAUUGAUGACGUCACCUUUCAGUGGUGGUUCGAGCCGGAUUACGUCAUUGCUUUGGUCUCGUUUGUUGAUCCUGAGUCUGCAACACGGGUCCUCGAGACGCGGGCUGAGGAUGUGGAGGACCUUCAGCUCCAAUGGCAUGCCUACACUGCCGAUUGUGCCGCCUGCAGGGCGGUAUGGAUAUAG